AUCGAUAGAAAGUUCAUUUAUUGAUAGAAAGUUUACUCAUUGCAAGAAAGUUUAUUCAUUGAUAGAAAGUUUACUCGUUGAUAGAAAGUUUACUCGUUGAUAUAAAGUUUAUUCAUUAAUAGAAUAGUUUAUGUUUGUGAGACGUGUGCCUAAGUUAAGUUACCUCAUGGGAGUUACAAUCCCAAGGGUAGACUAUGAUCACACUUAAUUUAAGGUAGAUAAGCUUCAUAAGGUCAGGCAUUAGGUAUUUUGUUAAUUCCCUUGGUUGAGUUGAUACUACGCGUGUUUUAUAAGAGUUUAUGUUUUUGUGAAGAGGACUGUUAAGACUCACAUUCCAUGCUCGACACAUGGUUCGGGUUGGAAAAGAAAUAAUGAGACUAAGACGUAAAGAUGAAUGAUUAAUUGUUGAUAGUUGUGCUUUGUGCUUUAUGAAAUCAUCCUUAUAUUGUUGUAUAUUGGCCUUAUUAUAUUUGGUGUUAAUUACUGACAUGUAUGUGUUUGUGUUUGUGUUUUAUGUUUGAUUGAUUAUAAUUUUCUAUGUUGUUUCUGCUAUGAUACAUUUGACCAAUGGUCUAAUGUUGAUUAGCGGGAUCAUCCUAGAUAGAUGUAACAUGUAUUGGAGGUUCUUUUCCAUUGCAUUGGGGGAGAAUGCGUUUGUAUUUUUAUUUCAUAGCUUCUAUAUGUCUUUUGUAAACUUUAAAUUGUAUAUGUUUUUGGUACGAGGCCUUGUGUCCUCCUUUUGUAUUAUUUAUAUUUCCGCUGCAUAGUUUAUGGUUUUGUAUGAUUUUUAAGUAUUAUGUCAUUUUUAAAAUGCAAGCGUUGACACUGGAACCACGAUCCAUGCUUGGCAUGUUGAUUAGAAGAGGCGGCGAUGAAUCAUUCCGCCGUGCGUUGAUUGUGUAAUUAUGGGGAAACAGACAUGGCUUGCGCUCAAAUCUUGCAAGCAUCAGAACCAUGAAGAAAAAGAUCGAUUGAGUCAGUUGCCGCAUGAUGUUUUGAUGUCCAUCAUGUCCCUCUUCACCAUCAAGGAAGCUGCACAAACUAGUGUUCUUUCGCGCACCUGGAAUUACUUUUGGCGAUGUUUUCCCAUCUUGGUCUUCAAAGAUGAUUUCCCAACACUGCAUUUUGUUGCGCGAAAUCCGCUGUUACUUCCUGAAGGAAGAUCAAAUUUUACGACGAUGGUGAACAGUGUUAUUGACUCUCAUCGUGGCUUGACUAUAGACAAGCUAAGGGUUAUUUUCGACUUGGAUACAAGCUAUGAGUCGGAUAUUGAUAAGUGGCUAGCUUUUGCUUUGGCAAAACAGGUCAAAACACUUGAAUUGAACUUCACACCACAAGUUGGCAGAAAAGUGCCAUUGGCUUGUCGCUAUACUUGGCCCCUUGAAUCUCGUUGGUUGUCUCGUGGUUUGCAUCUUAGUUUGGCUUCCAUAACAUCUCUGUGUCUCAAAUUUGUUAAUGUAACUGACAAAGACAUAGAGUGCAUUCUUCUUUCUUGCCAUGCCCUAGAGAGUAUGCGCAUUGUUCACGGGUCAUUCGGUUUGAAAAACAUAAUCAUCUCUCAAACAUCCCUACAACUCAAACAUCUAGAGUUAUCUAAUUGUUAUUUGUCUUGCAUCGAUAUUAAGGCCCCAAAACUUGUGUCGCUCACUCUGCACGGACGACCUAUAUCAUUGAUUGUUAGAGACUCAUUGCUUUCCAAGGUCUCAAUUGGAAAUGGAUUUUAUAGGGGAGAGGUUGUGGCCUCUGCUUAUAGAAAUCUUUCACAAUACUUUACCAAGCUGGAGUAUUUGAGUUGGCACUUGUGCUUGUGUGCUUUCACGCGUGUCAAUGUCAAGUGGAAUUUGGGUAUAUCUAAACCACCUAUCAUGUCAAACCUUAAGCAUUUAGAACUCCAUGUUCGAGCUAAGGGUAAGGAAAGCCUACUUGGGUGGGCUUACUUGAUCGAGGAAUCUCCAGUCCUGGAAAAGCUCACUUUGAAGUUCUCACCAUAUUUACUGGGUUGCGAUGUACGUGUAAGGAAUAUUGUGAAGCGUAAAGGGCGUCCCAUAAAAAACUUGAAGACCUUGCAACACUUUGGCUAUCUGGGACUGCCAAUUGACAUUGAAUUUGCUACCUAUGUAGUUGAGAAUUCCAUCAACCUAAAAGAUGUAAUUUUCACAUAUCAAUUUACCAGGCCAUUCCGUGACCCUUUCAGAGAAUAUGCUAGAAGCCAUGUUUUUGAAUUCAUAAAGACACUGCCUCAAGAAGUUGCCUUCAGAUUUGGCAAACCUGCCAACCAUUGCUGUUUUAUUUCAACAGCUCCGUAUGCUUAGAUCUUUGCUUGUUGAGCACCAUUUUCCUUGAAUCUUAUUUCUUUAAAAUUAAAGUAUAAUAUGAUGAUUUACAAUAUGUUUGUAACAUUGCUUGGUAAUAUAAUAGUGUGUUGUUAUGAGGGCUA